AACCAAGCUAUAAGUUUUUCAUGUAAACAAGCCCUGUUACGACUUCUUCACCCACUACAAAAGCGAAGUGACAGAGAAGGUCAAACACUACCUCGCUCUGGAACACCAUCAGGUGAGAGGAUAUCUCCAGAAGAUGACGAUGGUGAUGAUGAUGAAGGUGAAGGAGAGCGAUCUGAUUCCGGUCAGGAAGAACAGAGUUCAACAGAAAGAGAUAGAGCACAAGCAGCUACUCAGCCCCAGCCAGGACCAUCACAGUGUGCAGCAUCUGGUGGUGCAUCCAGUUCCUCACGAUCAAGCCAGUUAGAAUCCCUUCUUCUUGGGGCAGCAGGUAACUUACCAGCUGUGCUAGAUCUUCCUCAGGAUGCUGACGAUGAGGCAAUGAUGGAGCUUGCAAUAGCACUGAGUCUUCAGGAGCAGUCAGUAGAAUCCUCUGGCCUACAGUUACAAGGGCUAUCACAGGGUCAGAGCUCAUUGUCAUUAGAAGGUGGCAACUACUCUGAUAACACUGCAUCAGCAGCGGGCAGUGAGGAUGAAUAUGACGCUCCACCAAGUAGUGCUCAAGGUUCUUCUGCAGGGCACAGUGCUCCAAGAUCCCCCAUACCACCAGGAAUUGCUCAGCAGGGGCUUGGAUCUGAAAGUGGUGGUAGUGCUGAUUCCAUUACUGUGGAGCCUGGAUCUAGUGUUGCAACAACAAGUAUUGAUGGUGAUCGAGCAGUAUCAGAACAUGGCCCAAGAAGUGUCAGCAGCCAUUGCAGUGAUGAACAGCGGGGGUGUGGCCAUUCUGAGGAAGAGGAAAGCAGUCAUGAUCAUGAUGUUCGUCAUUCAUUACAGCUACUUCUUCUAGAAGAACUGCUUUCACACCUGCCUAACCUGAAGGAUGUGGGUGGUGUCAGGGCUAUUCCAUUCAUGCAGGUUCUUCUAAUGUUAUGUUCUGAUCUGGAAGACAAUGACAAAGAUAUUGCAGCGUUGGACAUCGUUCUUGACAAAUGCCUCAAAGAACUGAGCCUCGAGAGAAGGAAUUACCAGGAAAUGUCAGAGCGCACCAAACAGCACGAGGUUCAGCUGAUUGUGAUGAGAUUUCUCAGUGUGUUGAUGUCCAAGACAAAGUCUUCAGCAAAACUUGCUUCAGAGGCAUCAUCAAUAGUGUGUAGUAAGACUGCAAACAGUCUUUGUACAGUAGGCAUUGUACAGCACUGUCUGGAAAUACUCAAGUGCCUCUUGAGUCACUGGCAGAAAAUGGCAAAGAAAGAUGAGGAAGAAACAGCAAAUAUAGGUGGCGCUUUACUGAAGCCACAAGCUGCCAGUCCUCCCCCUGACAUGUCACCCUUCUUUCUCAGACAGUAUGUCAAGGGCCAUGCAGGCGAUUUGUUCGAAUCCUAUCCUCAGCUUCUCACAGAAAUGGUUCUGCGCCUUCCAUACCAAGUAAAGAAAGUUACCGACAGCAGUGAUGAAUUCAAAUCACCAGAAUUUAACGAGGAAUGGAUGUACUAUUUAUCUGAGUAUAUGAUGGUACAGCAGACGCCAUUUGUAAGACGUCAGGUCCGAAAGUUGCUACUGUUCCUGUGUGGUUCAAAGGACAGCUAUCGUAAACAGCGUGAUCUGCAUGCUCUUGACUUCCACUGCAAUGCCGUCAGGUCCUUGAGUAGUCAAGGUGGUUUCGACCCAGACAGUGCUCGCAACCUUCCAAUCGUCUUAUCAUAUGAUUCAUUGAUAACAAUGAUUGAGCACCUUAAAGCAUGUUCAGAGAUUGCAUCCAGUCGUAUUAGUAACUGGCAGGCUUAUUGUAUCCAAGAUAAAAGUGCUCUGUCGUUCCUAUUGAAAGCCAGUUUUCUCUUUGAGGAAGGUGUUGCUCCCCUCAUUCUUCAACUGUUGUCUUAUGCCAUUUGUGGAUCCAAAAGUCAAGCCCAGGCUUCCUCUCCUCAUAAGGGUCGAAAAGAAAAGGACAAGGACCGAGAGAAAGUAAAAGAACGAGACAAAGAAAAAGAACGAGACAAAGACAAAGAGAAGGAGAAGGAAAAAGCAAAUGAACUGAAUGGGAAGAAUGAAGCUGCAGCAUCAAGUCUUGUCCAGCAGCUACACGAGUUUGUAGAUAUGGAAAUUCUGCAUCAGUUUGUGCAUAAUUUUCUUCUUGAGUCCAAUUCUACAGCAGUUCGCUGGCAAGCACAUGAGUUGCUCUUCAAGAUUCACAAGUAUUCCACGCCAAACCAGCAAGACAAACUGUCUGAUAUGAUGUGGAAAAUCUGGCCAGAAUUACCUGGUUAUGGCCGACGAGCCGCACAGUUUGUAGACCUUUUGGGAUACUUUACUAUAAAGAGUUCUUCUAAAACAAGCAAGUUUGAAAAGUACAGUGAGAAGGCAGUUCAACUUCUCAAGACCCAGAAUGGUAUUCUGGAAAACCAUUCAAACUCCAAUGUCUACAGAAUGCUGUCUGGAUUUGUAGAGUUUGAUGGUUACUAUCUGGAAAGUGAUCCUUGUCUGGUCUGUAAUAAUCCUGAAGUACCAUUUCAGAGUCUAAAGUUAUCAGCCAUCAAAGCAGACUUCAGAUUUACCACAACAUCACAGCUGGUCAAACUGAUAGGCAGCCAUACUAUCUCUCGUAUUACCCUCAGGAUUGCUGAUAUGAAGAGACAAAAGAUGGUUCGCGCCAUUACAUUCUACUACAACAAUCGCACCGUGCAGUCCGUUGUUGAACUGAAGAACAAGCGUCCACUUUGGCACGAAGCCAAGAAGUGUCAUCUCACACCAGGCCAGACUGAACUCAAGGUUGACUUUCCUCUUCCUAUUGUGGCUUGUAAUCUCAUGAUUGAGUAUUCUGACUUCUAUGAAAACUUCCAGGCGUCAUCCGAGACCCUGCAGUGUCCUCGCUGUAGCGCUUCAGUUCCUGCUAAUCCAGGAGUGUGCAGCAACUGUGGGGAGAAUGUCUACCAAUGUCAUAAGUGUAGAUCGAUUAACUACGAUGAACGCGACCCUUUCCUGUGUAAUGCCUGUGGAUUUUGUAAGUACGCCAAGUUUGACUACACCCUGACAGCCAGACCAUGCUGUGCCGUGGACCCCAUUGAGAAUGAAGAAGACAGAAAGAAGGCUGUGGCCAGCAUCAAUUCAUACCUGGAGCGAGCUGACCGUGUUUACCGGCAGCUGUCUUCAUACAGAACACCGCUGGACCUGUUAUUGACUAAAAUACUAGAACAUGGUGAUGCUGAGGUCUCCAAGCAGAGUACUCCAACCUCGCAAGCAUCAUCUACUUAUUCCAGUACAGUACAGUCCAACACAAACAGCACUUCAACUGUGAACAAAGCAAUUCAGUCUCUGGCUUAUCGCUACUGUGUUGAAUGUAAGGCCAGUUUUGAUGAACUGAGUAAGAUUAUACAGAAAGUCCUAGCUUCUCGUAAGGAACUACUGGAGUAUGACUGUCGUGUGCGAGAGCAGCCAUUGGCUAAACCAAUCAGCCAGUCAGAUGAAGACAUAAUUGAGCACUCGUCCUCAGGUCCUUCCCUGCCUCGUUCUCUGUCUCUGUUACCCAGUACUUCUGUAGUACCAGGGAAGUGUUACGGCUGUGCCUCAGCUGCUACUGAACACUGUGUCACCUUACUGCGAGCAUUGGCUAUGUCUCCUGGAACACGACAGCGACUUGUUGAACAGGGCCUUAUUCGUGAGCUGGUAGACUUUAACCUUCAUCAAGGCACAGCGCAGAUGCGUGCCGAUGUUCGCCACCUGCUAUGUUUGCUAACCAAGAACAACGAAGACGCAACUGAAGAACUGAAUCAUAUUUUGGUUCAAAGAGUGACGAGUGCUUUAGAAGGACAUCGGUCAAACCCAGUCAUGGUGUCUGGAAUCGGUCCUGAAAUGUUGUUGCUUAGCAACACCAUAGAAAUGGAAGACUCGUGCUGGGAGCAGAGACUCAGAUGUGUCAUGCGUAUCUUCAUGAUGUCCGUUGAGACUCCAAGCCCAUUGGUAAUGGAGAGUAUUACUUUAUCAUGUCUGAAGAUUCUUCUCAGACUUGUUAAACCACCAGCUCCAACAAGCAAAAAGAACAAGAGCAAAGACUGGGAUAGUCUAGGCACCAUUCAAAGUACCUCAGAGGUUCGCAUUAAUACCAAACAGUGGCUCGAAAAGGAGCAUGGCUUUCAACAGUGGAGGCAACAAGCACAGAAAAAGCCUAAGGGACCUAAGAAGGUGGGCAAAGAAACCAAAGAAGAAGCACGACAAAGGUAUUUGAUGGAGAAGUAUGCCAAUCGGUGGAAAAUGCGGAUGGAUAAGCAGCAGGAAGAACCUUCAGUCCCUAAGGAGGCUAAAGAUGAAGAUUGGUUAAGGCAGGUGUUGUUUACACCAUCCAGUAGAUCCGCUCGGCAGAUCGCUUGUACUAUCGUCGAGUCUCUCUGUCAGGUUCCUAGUCGAUGCAAACAGAUGUUGGAUCUUCUAACAAGUUUUCUAGAUGAAGUGGGAUCUGCGGGUGAGAAUGCUAGUGAAUUUUUCCAGCUUUACCAGAAACUUAUUCAACCAUCAUAUCUCAAGUACUACCUUGCAUUACAAGGAGCACUCAUGCAGAUUGGACGUCUAAUAACUAAGGAGAUUAAUCGUUUGUCGUACUUGGAGCAGACAACCCUCAGUUCGGACUUGUCCCAGGGUUAUGCCUUAAAAAUGUUAACCGAACUCCUUGCCUCUUUCAUUGAGCACGACACGUUAAAGCAAAGGUUUAAGGGUAGACUGGUAGGAACAGUUCUGAAUGGCUACCUGUCACUCAGGCGACUCAUCGUUCAGCGCACCAAACUGAUUGACGAGACACAGGAGUUACUGCUCGAGCUGUUAGAGGAAAUGACCACAGGUACUGAAGUUGAGACUCGAGCGUUUAUGGCCAUCUGUGUGGAAACACUGAACAGAUAUGGUCAAGAUGACUUACGUACGCCUGUCUUUAUUUUCGAGCGGCUUUGUAACCUGAUUUACCCUGAAGAAAAUGAUGUCGGUGAAUUUUUUAUGACGUUAGAAAAAGACCAGCAGCAAGAAGACUUCCUUCAAGGACGAAUGCAAGGCAACCCAUACAGCUCCAAUGAACCAGGUCUGGGUCCGUUGAUGCGAGAUGUAAAGAACAAGAUCUGUACCGAUUGUGAACUCGUUGCUCUACUCGAAGAUGACAGUGGAAUGGAGUUACUCAUCAAUAACAAGAUUAUCAGUCUUGAUUUACCAGUUAAAGAUGUUUACAAGAAGGUCUGGUGUCCCGAAGGAGAAGGAGAGCCAAUGAAGAUAGUCUACAGAAUGAGAGGUUUGCUUGGUGAUGCCACUGAAGAGUUCUUGGAAAAUCUGGAUAAUAGUAAAGAAGAAGAUGUUGAUGAGGAAGAGGUCUAUCGUAUGGCAUCAGUAUUGUCUGUUUGUGGAGGACUAGAAGCCAUGCUGACAAGGCUCAGCGCUAUAAGGAACCUAGCCCGUGGUAGACAACUGGCGGCAGUGAUUCUCAAACUGCUUGGAUACGCUGUCAAACUAAAGGUUAACCGUCAAUAUCUGUGUAAUCCUUCGCUCAACGCUCUCAAUGUACUUCUAGGAACACUAAACCAGGCUCUUCAAAUGGAGCAAGAGUCUAGCGGUGGCGGCGGUGCAGCUAUGGCUGAAGAAGUACUUGGAAUCAUGGAAAGUAUCCUACAACAAGCUACCAGCUCACCUCAACCGACUCAACCUCCAAGUGAAGGGGAUCGAACACAGCUGGACAUGCUGCUUGAUAAAAUCACUAGCCCAUUUGUGCGCGCCAGUACUAAGGUACUUCAAGCCAUGAUGAGGAUCAUUCCUUUCCUGACCUUUGGUGACGAAAAGAACAUGAAGACUCUGAUCAUACACUUCAUGCCUUACCUGGACUUUGAAAAGUUUGACGUAGAAAGAUCAAGUGAUGAAACACUUUUUAUCGAUUGUUUCUGUAAAAUUGCAAAUGGAAUCGAGAAUAAUUCCAGUGGAGCCCGGCUAAAGGAAAUGAUUUUAGAGAAUGGAAUCGUGAAUAAAGCGAUCAAGUACCUGGAGACAUAUACACCUUCUAAACCUUUCAGUAAAGCAAAUCUGGCCGAGUUGGACGUUUGGAAGGAAUUCUUAGCCCGACCCUCUCUACCAUAUGUACUGAGAUUACUGUGUGGAUUGUGCAAGGGCUACGAAAAAAUACAGCUUAUCAUCGGGGAAUCAACAAUUCCAGUCAUCCAUCGACUGGAGCAAGUCUCGUCUGAGGAGAAAGUCGGUUCUUUAGCUGAAAACCUGCAGGAAGCUUUACGUGAGAAUUUAGAAAUAGAGAAAAAGAUAACCGAAGUGCGCCGACAAACGAGAGUAGAGAAAAAGAAACUAGCGAUGGCGAUGAGAGAAAAGCAGCUUGGAGCGCUUGGCAUGCAGACUACAGCUGGAGAUAAGAUCAUAGCCAAGCCCACCAGUCUCACACGUGAGAUGGAAGACUUGUCAGAAGAGUCUGGUCUUGCCUGCUGUAUUUGUCGUGAGGGUUACAAGUACCAUCCCCAGAAGGUUCUUGGUAUUUACACGUUUUCCAAGAGGUGUAUUUUAGAGGAAUUUGAAACAAAACAACGAAAAUCACAGGGAUACUGUACUGUGAGCCACUUUAAUAUCGUACACUACGACUGUCACAUGGCUGCUGUCAGGUUGGCACGUGGUCGUGACGAGUGGGAAAGUGCUGCCUUACAAAACGCAAACACCAAGUGCAAUGGCUUGUUGCCUAUAUGGGGUCCACAGGUUUCUGAGUCCGCAUUCGCCAGCUGUCUUGCCAGGCAUAACAGCUACAUACAGGAAAGCACCGGACACAUCGAGCCCAACUACUACUUGGCCAUUCACGACCUACGAUUGUUGUUACAGCGAUUUGCCUUUGAGCGUUCUUUUAGCGAUGAUACUGGUGGAGGGGGACGACAGAGUAACAUGCACUUAUUGCCGUACGGUGUACAUAUGAUUCUCUACGUCCUUAACACGACCAGACAGCGGACUAGAGAAGAGAAAACUUUGAAAUCUUUUGUUGAGACGCCUCCUGACAAGUGGGUGGAAUCAUCAUUCGAGGUCGACAGUCCAUACUAUGUGAGCCUUCUGUCACUGUUCGUAUAUUCACUCGAUCAAUGGGUUGAAAACAGAUUGACAUUGCUAAAACGGCUCAUCUUGACUGCACAUGUGAGGCACCUCACUCCGAAUGGUUCCACAAGAAUUCAAGACUCUACUGUCCAGGCCUAUAAUGUCUACAAACCAGCAUUGAUAUAUUUCUUUUUCAUUGACCAACUGCAUCACUUGUUCAAGAAAUCGUUGAAGUCUACCAGCCCCAACACUUGGCCCCAGGCCAUGGCCGAGAACAUUAGGAAGAACGACGAAGCCGUACUUAAAGCCUGUGACAAGGUUCUUAAGACCUACCAAAACGACUUGUUGCCAGCUGAAUCGUUUGCGGAGUUCUGCGAUGUCGCUGAACUGCUGACCGUGAUUGAGAAUCCAGAUGGCUUCCUUCAAGAAACGUUCAGUGCCUAUUCCAAGUAGCAACGUUAAUUAAAAGAAAUUCCAAACCUUUUUCAAGUACAUCGCCAAAUAAUGUGAAAUUGCUUUUUUUUUUUAGUUUUAGUUUUCAAACUAUUAAACUAUUAAUGAUCUGAAGAUUAGAAUUUUCUUUCUGGUAGAUAACACUAUGUUUGUCAUAGUAAAUAUCUUUUUAUUUCAUUUUUCUUUAAUAUUUUGGUAAGCAACUGCUAUGAUUACUACUUUAAAUGGCUAAAUUCGCUAUUAGUAAAUGUAACCAAAUAAAUCCUGUGAGAAAUCACGGUA